CACAAACACACACACUUCUAAAUUAAAUAUACUAUCAAUUAAUAUUCCCAAUGGCAUCAUCCAUGACCAUGACCGCAUCCUUCUUUGGUGGCGCCGUCGCCCCGAAGCCGGCCAAGGCCACCACCCGUUGCAGCCCGCUGGCGGUGAGGGCCUCGGCGGCAGAGAGCAGCAACACGACACGGGGCCUCACGUUGGCCGGGUUGGCCGCAGCAGCUGCGUCGUCCGACCCAAUUAAAGUCGCAUUGGCCGACGUUUUCCCAGCUGUUACCCCCGACCUCAAGGCGCUGACCCCCCUCGAUCCUAAGGCACUGGACAUUAUUACACUCUCAAGAUUUACGGUGUCGGAAUACAACAAACGGAUGCUGGCAUCGGAACCCGACAAUCCGGAGCCGAAGCUCUUGACAUUUAUGUCUGUGUUAAAGGCUGACAGUGUGAACAGCAUUGCUGGGUAUUACAUUACCCAGGUCUUGGCUACGGAAGGUUUAGGCAUUCCGACCUCAUUCAAGAAGUACACCGCAUAUAUCCUCACCGUAGACGAGCCUGGAACCGUAAUUUUCACUCACUUGGAACUCACUUCUUAGCUAGCUUUUCCUGAUAAAGUGUUGGCGGAGUCCUAAAAGCAAUAGAGUAUCAAUUAUUAAAGCGUGUGAAAAAACUAUCUCCAGUAGUUAAGCACUUUUGUUAGCCUCUAUAUAAAGCCUUUUAUUGUACUCCCUUUGUCCAUUAAUAAAUGUCCCAUAUUUGACUGGCU